ACGCAGAGUUCCUGUCCAGUUCAGUGCAGCACAGGUGUAAUCAUGGUGCAGCUGUACUGUUGGGGAGACGGCUCCAGUGGACAGUUCGGAUCUCAGAGAGCCCUCAGUCCGGUUUCCUGGACCGUCCCCGGGGUCAUCACCGACAUCAGCUGUGGAGAGCAGCACACUUUAGUCCUCACCAAGGAUGGAGGAGUUUUAUCCUGUGGUCUCAACUCUCUGGGACGACUAGGACGAAAGAAAAGUAAAGAUACAAAUACCCCAGGUCGUGUGGAGGGUCUGGGGAAUGUAGUGUCGGUGGCUUGUGGUCGGGAUCACAGUCUGGCUUUGUGUGUAUCUGGACAUGUGUUCUGCUGGGGUGCCAAAGAAGACGGACAGCUUGGCCUGUUACCCAAUCAGCAGAGCAUCAGUCAUAGACCAAGUCGGGUGCCCAUACCAAUGCUAAUACCAGUGAUUCAGGUGGCUUGUGGAAACGUCCACUCUCUAGCUCUGACUAAAGGAGGAGAUGUCUUCACAUGGGGUCGUAACAGCCAUGGUCAGCUGGGCCUGGGGAAGGCCGUGUCACUGCAGUACACACCUGUCUUGGUGACAGCUCUAACCGGAGUAGCAGUGACUCAGAUUUCAGCCGGAGUGACCCACUCUUUCUUCCUCACGCUGCCCGGCCUGGUGUACUGCUGUGGGGCCAACAAGUCAGGCCAGCUGGGACUCAACAGGGUGGAUGAGAAGGGCAGGUUCAACAUCUGUGUGGUACCUGCCCUCAGACCUCUGGAUGUCUCCUUUAUCAGCUGUGGAGAGGCACACUCUGCUGUGUUAACAAAGGAUGGCAAAGUUUUCACCUUUGGAGAAGGAAGCAACGGUCAGCUCGGUCACAACUCCACUGACCUUGAAAAGGCACCCAGAUUGGUCGACGGUCUGGACGGGCCUGCCUCCCAGAUUGCAUGUGGCAGACGUCACACUCUGGUGUUGGGCUCCUCUGGCCAACUGUGGGCUUUUGGUCAUGGGGCAAAAGGUCAAGUUGGGACUGGAUGUACAGAAGAUAGUCUGACGCCUACUCAAGUACAACUUCCAUGCACCAAAGACAAUGAAGCAGCCAAACUCAAAGAUCUGAAAAUAUCAACCGGUUGGAACACAAACUUUGCUUUCUCGUCACCCACACAGAGCUUGGACAGAGGACAGAUAAUAGGACGGCUUGAUGAGACAAAACUUCAAAAAUGGUUGUCUGUAAAUCCAGGCAACCCAGAGGCAAAGAGAGAAAUCGGUUCAAUGUUUUUUACAAGUUCCAGUCUUGUUGCUAGUUUCACAAAGGCAAAUGGGUCUCUCAAAAAAGCAGGGGACCUAACAGUGGACCUUGAGGCAGCCAGCAGGGCUUUCGACCAGCUUCUGGCAGUACCAUGGAUCAAAGAAACAGUAACCCUUACAGACCUGAUGGACCUACUUUUGGCUUCGAUAAAUGACAUUAAAUCCAUGGACAUCUCCAUGGUUCUGCUGACAUGUCCUCUUCUCCGAGAGGACUCUGCUGUCAUGAACACCGUGUUGCCUUUAGCUGUCAUGAUCGCAGAGCUGAGUGAGAAGAAUCAGGACACACUAAAGAGCUUGUGGUCUUCCCUGACACCGACCCUACUUACAAAGCACAUCUUGGUGUUCAAAAACGCCCUGGCCUUCCUGCUCAAAAACGGCCUUUUGGCAACUCACAACCCAGGAGUCAGAUUCCUGCUGGAGGCCCUCAAGCUGCUCUACAGAGCAAACAAAGCUGGUAAGUCCUACAAAGUCCCACUGAACACCUUUUACGUCGAGGAAAUCAACGGUAAUGUGGACCCCUAUGCUGAUGUCGCUCUUUGGGCCUCUAGAGUGGAGCAUGACAUUCCAGUCAUUUUCUGCUGCUACCCGUUCGUGUUCACUCUGGUUCAAAAGGUGGCAGCCUUUGACAUCUAUGCUACUUUAAUAAAGAAGGGGCCACAAGUAAUGUAUGAAAUGGCCAUGAGGAUGCAUGCCAGAUCGCUCCAAAGUCCCAUAGACCUCACAACAGCCCCGUACCUCCAGCUCACUUUGAGACGCACUCACCUGGUGGAGGACACCUUCAGACACCUCGAUGCAGCGGACCACAGCGCCUUCCGCAUGGAGCUUCUGGUGCAGUUCAAGGAUGACAGGAAGUUGAUGAACGUCAACAAACAUGACCUCUUCCUGCAGGUGUUCGAUGAGCUGAUUGCCCCUGAGUCUGAAAUGUUCAUGUACAACGACAGCAAGACUCUACUCUGGUUCCCAUCCCAGCCAAAAAAGAAUAAGAAGACUUACUUCCUCUUUGGCGUCCUGUGUGGGCUGGCUCUCUACAACAACAACAUCAUCCACCUCCCUUUCCCCCUGGUUCUCUUUAAGAAGCUGCUUGGGUUCAAACCCUCGCUGGAUGACAUGAAGGAGUUCGAACCUGUGAUGGGAGAGUCUUUGCGAUGCAUGCUGGAUGACUACACUCCUGAUGAAGUGGAGAGCCUGGAUACAACCUUUGCUGCGACAUGGGACGGUGAGAAAAUUGAGCUUGAUCCGACAACUCCUGGGAAACCCGUCACAGCAUCAAACAAAAAAGAAUUUGCAAACACCUUUGUUGAUUAUGCCUUCAACAAAUCAGUGGAGGCGGUGUUUGAAGAGUUCAAGAGGGGCUUCCUCAAAGUGUGCGAGUACGACAUAGUGAAGUUUUUCCAGCCGGAGGAGCUGCAGGCCGUGAUGGUGGGCCAAGAAAACUACGACUGGGAUGUGUUCAAGCAGAACACUAUGUACGAAGGAGACUACCAUGCUGACCAUCCAAAUAUUGUUAUCUUCUGGGAGGUGUUUGGCGAACUGACAGCCGAGGAAAAGAAGAAAUUCCUCUUGUUCCUCACCGGCUGCGACCGCGUCCCCUUCCUGGGAAUGGAGAGCAUCAGGAUGAAAGUUGCUGUCCUUCCUGAUUCCAAUGAGACCCAUCGGCCAGAGUCCCUCACCUGUCAUACUCUGCUUCUACUGCCCCUCUACCAGAGGUACCCGGUCGAGGAGACGAUGCAUAACAGGCUCCUGCAGGCUAUUCACCACAACAAAGGCUUCUGGAAAGAAGACACUACAAAAUAAAGUUAUGAAAGCUCCUUUCAUAAGAUUGCACAUUUUAAAGGAAGAAUAUACAAUUUUCAGCAGAUAGAUAGAUAGAUAGAUAGAUAGAUAUACUUUAUUGUCCCCAACAUGAAACCAAAACUACUCGUGCUGCAUUGUUGUGUUAGCAUGCUAAUGUUAGCGAUCUUUAUUUUGCUCGUAUCUUCGCACUGAUUGUAAAUUUACACAAAAUGACCUUGAUCUAGAAACACUUACUUCAAAUAAGCAGUGAGUACAGUAUGAUAUUCUUCUUUUCUCUAGUCCCUCAAUUAAACAACUUUUAUAGGCAAGGGGAUGAGCCGGCCGGCCGUCUCGUCCAUGUUAACAAGCUAUAGAUACAU